AUGGAUUACCUGUUGGGGAUAGUGGUGUUGCUGUGCAGCGCAGUGCAACCGCUGACAGCACUGGAGCCCAAGCACACAGUGCCAAGGCUAAAACUGUCAUUUAAGGAGAUGUUGGAGUCUAGUAAUCUUGUAACCUUCAAUGGCCUAGCCAACAGUUCAAGCUACGAUGCAUUUCUACUUGAUGAGGAGCGAGGGAGGUUAUUGGUGGGUGCAGAGGACCACAUAUUCUCGUUUGACCUUGUGAACAUUAACAGAGACCACAGAAUGAUUACGUGGCCUGCCACACCCUCAAAACGGGAUGAGUGCAAGUGGGCAGGAAAAGAUUUAGGGAAAGAGUGUUCCAACUUUAUCCGAGUGCUGCACCCGUACAACCAGACCCACUUGUACAUCUGCGGCACAGGGGCCUUUCAUCCCAUUUGUUCGUUUCUGGAGAUGGGCAAAAGGGCAGAGGACAACAUCUUCCGAAUGACACAGCAUUUUGAGAACGGCCGCGGGAAAAGCCCCUACGAUCCAAAGAUGUUGUCUGCCUCUCUGCUGAUCGAUGGUGAGCUGUACUCUGGCACAUCUGCUGACUUUAUGGGAAGAGACUUUGCCAUUUUCCGAACUCUGGGAGACCACCAUCCAAUCAGAACAGAGCAGCAUGAUUCAAGAUGGCUGAAUGAUCCCAGAUUCAUUAGUGUGCACCUAAUCCCCGAGAGUGACAACCCAGAAGACGACAAAAUCUUCCUGUUUUUCAAGGAGAACGCCAUGGACGGGGAGCACACCGGGAAGGCCACCAUCGCGAGAAUAGGACAACUGUGUAAGAACGACAUGGGCGGUCACAGAAGUCUGGUCAACAAAUGGACCACGUUCCUCAAAGCUCGCCUGAUGUGCUCCGUACCUGGGGUCAACGGUAUCGACACGCAUUUUGACGAACUUCAGGACGUGUUCCUCAUGAGCGCCAAGGACCCCAAGAAUCCCCUUAUCUACGCGGUGUUUACCACUUCCAGUAACAUAUUUAAGGGUUCGGCUGUGUGUAUGUACAACAUGGUGGACAUCAGGAGAGUAUUUCUGGGUUCCUAUGCUCACCGAGAUGGCCCAAACUACCAGUGGGUGCCAUUCCAAGGAAGAGUCCCCUACCCUCGGCCUGGCACUUGUCCUAGUAAAACCUUUGGGGGUUUUGACUCCACCAAAGAUCUGCCAGAUGAUGUCAUCACCUUCGCUCGGGGUCACCCAGCCAUGUAUAACCCAGUGCAGCCCAUAGGGGGACGUCCCAUCAUGGUGCGCACAGACGUGGACUACCAGUUCUCUCAGCUGGUGGUGGACAGAGUGGAGGCUGAGGAUGGGCAGUAUGAUGUCAUGUUCAUAGGCACAGACAGAGGCACUGUGCUGAAGGUGGUGACCAUCCCCAGAGAGAGUUGGCAUGACCUAGAAGAGGUGGUGCUGGAGGAGAUGACGGUGUUUAGGGACCCUACUCCCAUCACUGCAAUGGAGCUGUCAACAAAACAGCAACAGCUGUACCUUGGCUCAGCGCUGGGCGUAUCACAGAUGUCGUUACACCGGUGUGAGGUAUAUGGCAAAGCCUGUGCAGAGUGCUGUCUGGCCAGAGACCCGUACUGCGCCUGGGACGGCACUGAGUGCUCCAGAUAUUUCCCCACUGCCAAAAGGCGUACCAGAAGACAAGACAUUAGAAAUGGCGAUCCUAUGUCUCAGUGUUCAGACCUUCAACUUCAUGAUGACAUGGAUGGGACUGGAAGCACUGUAGAAGACAGGACGGUGUUUGGAGUGGAGAACAGCAGCAUGUUUCUGGAGUGCAGUCCCAAAUCUCAGCGAGCUCUCAUUUACUGGCAACUGCAGAGACUGAACGAGGACCGUAAAAUAGAGAUCAGAUUUGAUGAGAGAAUCCUACGCACGGACCAGGGCCUGCUAAUACGCACUCUGUCCCAGUCCGACGUGGGGACCUACCACUGCCAGGCUGUAGAGCACGGCUUCAUACAGCCCCUCAUGCGUCUCAACCUGCAGGUCAUCCCCACACAAAAGCUGGGGGACAUCCUGCCAGGCUUCCCCGUCGCGGGAAGCGGUGUGGGUCCCUCUGCCAAACACAGAAUGUGGUAUCGAGAUUUCCUCUCUCUCCUGGACCACCCAGACCUCAACAGUGUGGAGGAGUUUUGUGACAGAGUUUGGAAAAAAGAACUGAUCAAAAACAGCAACUCUCCUGCCAAAGUUGAACUGUCCUCUGUGAUGCAGCAGCGCCCUCUGCUGGUCGUCCUCGCUCCUAGCACGUCACGAAAUAACGUUUCUCACAUGUGGCAGUAA